GAAGAAUAGCGGCAAUGGCGCCCAAUUUAAGUGACUGAGUUGACCCGAGUUAAGUUUGAAGACGUUGGUUUGGCGGUAUCGGUUGCUGUUGCAAUAAUGUCUUCAGUUCAGCAUCUGAGAGAUUUUAUCAAGGAGAGGUUAACUACUGCUGCAGAAGAAAUCUUCUCAGAGUUUGAAAAAACGAUCGUCCGGUAUGAGGAGGAGAUCCGUCAGCUAAGACUGCUGAAUAUCAGACCCGGGAUAAAGUCACACAAUACAGGUCUGGAUGAUCAGCAGGUCUGUGACCAGGAAAGGGGCUCCAGUCUCAACCAGGAGGACCCAGAGCCUCCACAGACUAAAGAGGAACAGGAGGAAACCUGCAGCAGUGAGGAAGGAGAGCAGCUUGAACUGAAGCAGGAGGAUGAAGGCAUUCAUGUCUGGACCGGAGAACAGCUGGAUUUCUUGUGUAAACUUGGAUUACGGCUGACCAAAAUAGACCUCCCACAGCAACAUGAUUGUAAGGAAAAUGAGGAUCUGGAUGACCCGCAGGUCUGUAGCCAGGAGAGGAACUCCAGUCUGGACCAGCAGGACAAAGAUCCUCCACAGAUUAAAGAGGAACAAGAGGAAAUCUCCAUCAAUCAGGAAGAAGAGCAGCUUGCACUGAAGCAGGAAACCAAAAGCGGCAUCGUCUGGACCGGGCAGCAGCUGGGCAUCAUGUGGAACCCUGAAGUAAAGUUGCACAGAAUAGAUUUUCCACAACAUGACUGUAAGGACGAGGAUGGGCUCACAAAUCAGCAGGUCUGUAACCAGGAGAAGAACUCCAGUCUACACCAGAAGGAUCCUUCACAGAUUAAAGAGGAACAGGAGGAACUCCGUACCACUCAAGAGGAAAAACCGCUUGUUCUAAAGCAGGAGACUGCAACUUUUCCUGCUCGUGAAGCAAGUAACCACAGUGAACCAGAACCAAGCAGUGACCAGCUCCUUUCUCACAACUCUCCUGUCACAGAUCAGGAUGAAAUCAAGGAUGGUAACUCACACAGAAAUGAGUCGGAGCAAAUCGUAUCAGGCCUGACAGUUCAAAAUUGCAAGACAGCACAUUUAUGUAGCACCUGUGGCAAAAGAUUCACUCAGAGGGGUCAGUUGAAGAGUCACAUGCGAAUUCACACAGGUGAGAAGCCACAUUGCUGUAGUACUUGUGGGAAAGGAUUUCAUGUAAAAUCAAUUUUGAAAACACACAUGCAAGUUCACACAGGUGAGAAGCCACAUUCUUGUAGCACCUGUGGGAAAAGAUUUACUCAGAGGGGUCAUUUGAAGAGUCACAUGCGAAUUCACACAGGUGAGAAACCACAUUCUUGUAGCACCUGUGGGAAAAGAUUUACUCAGAAGAGUCAGUUGAAGAGUCACAUGCGAAUUCACACAGGUGAGAAGCCACAUUCUUGUAGCGCCUGUGGGAAAAGAUUUAGUUUGAAACAAAUUUUGAAUAGGCACAUGCGAAUUCACACAGGUGAGAAGCCACAUUCUUGUAGCGCCUGUGGCAAAAGAUUCACUCAGAAGGGUCAGUUGAAGAGUCACAUGCGAAUUCACACAGGUGAGAAGCCACAUUCUUGUAGCGCCUGUGGGAAAAGAUUUCAUGUAAAAUCAAAUUUGAAAACACACAUGCGAAUUCACACAGGUGAGAAGCCACAUUCUUGUAGCACCUGUGGGAAAAGAUUUAGUUUGAAACAAAUUUUGAAUAGGCACAUGCGAAUUCACACAGGUGAGAAACCACAUUUUUGUAGCGCCUGUGGCAAAGGAUUCACUCAGAAGAGUCAGUUGAAGAGUCACAUGCGAAUUCACACAGGUGAGAAGCCACAUUCUUGUAGCACCUGUGGGAAAAGAUUUCAUGUAAAAUCAAAUUUGAAAACACACAUGCAAAUUCACACAGGUGAGAAGCCACAUUCGUGUAGCACCUGUGGGAAAAGUUUUACUCACAAUGGUCUGUUGAAUAGACACAUGCGAAUUCACACAGGUGAGAGGCCACAUUCUUGUAGCACCUGUGGGAAAAGAUUUAGUGUGAAACAAAUUUUGAAUAGGCACAUGCGAAUUCACACAGGUGAGAAGCCACAUUCUUGUAGCGCCUGUGGGAAAAGAUUUACUCAGAGGGGUCAUUUGAAGAGUCACAUGCGAAUUCACACAGGUGAGAAGCCACAUUCUUGUAGCGCCUGUGGGAAAAGAUUUAGUUUGAAACAAAUUUUGAAUAGGCACAUGCGAAUUCACACAGGUGAGAACCACAUUGUUGCAGCACCUGUGUGAAACAUUUUAGUUCUCCAGUACAGUUGAAAAUGCAAUUAGGAAAACAUGCUACAUGCUAAGUUUCAUUCUUAGAAAAUGGUGAUGGUAGGACACAAACAGUGUUUGGAUCAUUGAAAACUGAAAAUUUCAAAAGAUAUUUUUAGUGUCUUGAUGUAAAAAGAACUAUUUCUCCAAAACACACUUGGUAAUAUCUGUUGAAAAAACAACUACGCGUGUGAGGUAGCCUUUAUUGAAAUCUUUUUUUUUUUUUUUUGUCUGAAGUUCACAGUUUGAAGGUGUUUAAAGCAGAAGACAGUUGACUAACUUUGCACUGUUUGCUAACUUGUACACUGCCAGAACUCCUGUUGGGAUUUUCUUUGUUUUUAUAAUGAAAUUUAUACACUGGAUUGACAUUAAUGGGAAGUGUUUUCUAGAUGGAAAGGGAAUAUUUUAGGGAAUGACAAUGUUGACAAGUUGAUCCAUGUUCUCGUAUUGUUUGUGACCCAUAUUUUUAGGUUAUUUAUAUUUAUAACAUAACUUACACUACUUUUAUGUGAACACCUGGAGAUACCCAGCUGUUGUUUUGAGAUAUAAUAAUAUGGACAAAUGUGUAAUUUUAACAGUGUUGUUCCAUUUUGACAGGAAAUAAAUCCAGUUUAAGAUUGUACAUUAUUCAUUUUAAAGAUAAAAUAUGGAUGAUUAUAUAAUAAAGGAGGAGGAGCUGGUGACUCAUCUCCCAUAAAGGAGAGAUGAGUCAGAAGUGCCCCGGGAGUCUUCAUCUUUAUUUGUCUUUGUUGGCUUUUGGCCUCCAUGUGCUUAUGGCGAACACCCUAGAGAGCUUUGCUUUCUUUUAAGUUGUUUUUAAUCUUGUAUGUUCAAUAAAACUGUUG